AUUGUUUCUAUGUUAUUUGUUACUUGCAGAAUUGGCUCAAGCUAAAUCCCAACACAUUUAUUCAGCCAUAUUUAUGUCUAAUAUCAUUAUAGCUUAUGGUUUAAAUCAAACAGAGACCUGCUGACCAACUGCACCAAGUCGUCGUGGGGUUGAUGUGUUUAUGACAAAAGCUGUAGCUCAACAGUAUCAUGCAUCGCAGUAUCAGGGGGAAACAAUCGACCAUUUUAUUCUUUAGAAUCUAACCGGAAGCGUGUGUACCUCUUCUCUGUGACUUGACUUCGCUGACACGACUCGCGGGGGCUUUUUUAUUCUCACACUGUACAUUUUCCACUCAAGACCUGUGGACCGACGGGAUUUGCUCCGAGUCCCCGAUUUUUCCUUUCUCUUUUUGACCAAGACACUGACACCAGAUUACUUUCAUUAAACAUUGUAGACAUUCCCCCCGCAGCUUUUUUUUUUCCCCUGUCGGAUCCCGUUUUGUUUCCACGUCAUUUUCCCCCCCCCCCCACCCUUCUCUCUCCUUCUAUUCCGGUUGGAUUUUUUUACAAAGGGCGUGUUGGCACGAUCUGUACCGGGAGUUUCAUCUCCUGUGCCUGCGCGACUCUGAGGAAUGACAGCGACUGGGAAGCGACUGCGAUCCGCCUGAAUGGACACGAUGGAUUAUACGGAGCUCGGGAAUAAUUUCGAGGCGAAGCUGACGCUGACAAACACAUCUCUGCCCCUGCAGACAGACUCUCAGUCCAUCCAGAGUGGGGACAAGUGUCCGGUGAAAGACCUGCUCACCCCAGACGACUCGGCCGUCACAGACCUCUCGACUAAAACAGACUCCAGCCCCCAAACCGAGACGCCCAGCAAGACGGAUGACUCCUCCAAGACGGAUGUCAGGCCGUCCACCCCGGGCAGCAGCAGCAGCCCUCAGCCCAAGAAAGAUUCCAUGAGCUCAGAGCAACGGCAGAAACUUGCCAAGGAGCGGAGGGAGGAGCGGGCCAAAUAUAUUGAACAGCAAACUCAGCUGCAAGCGGCGAAGAAGGCCCAGUGGCUGGAGAAGGAGGACAAGGCCCGGCGUCUGCGGGAGAGCCAGCUGGAGGAGCGCCGGAGGAAGCUGGAGGAGCAGCGGCUGAAGACCGAGAAACGCCGAGCUCUGCUGGAGGAGAAACAGAGACAGAAACUAGAGAAGAACAAGGAGAGAUACGAGUCGGCUAUCAAGAGGUCCACGAAGAAGACGUGGGCCGAGAUCCGCCAGCAGAGGUGGUCCUGGGCGGGCGGACUCAACCAGACGUCCCGCAGAGAAAGCAGAUGCUCGGCCUCCACGGUCAACUUGCCGAGACAGGUGGACCCUGUCAUUAACAACAGGCUGUCCAAGUCCUCGGCCACGCUCUGGAACUCCCCCAACAGAACCCGCAGUCUGCGUCUCAGCCCGUGGGAGAGCCGGAUCGUGGAGAGGCUCAUGACGCCGACGCUGUCCUUCCUGGCCCGCAGCCGCAGCGCCGCCACCCUCCUCAACAGCAGCGACUCUCACUCUCACCACUGCUCCCGUUCAGCCUCUGCCAGCCCGCUGAACGCCUCCUCCCAUCACCACCCGCACCGGAACUCCGCCGAGCGCUGGAGGGUCUCCUCCGCCAGCACGCCGGACAUCACCCAGCGCCAGCGUCGACGAAACUCCACGCCGUUGGAUAAAAAGAAGAAAGAGAAGAAAGACAAGGAGAGGGAGAACGAGAAAGAGAAGAACUCUCUCUCAAGCGAGAGAGUGCCGAAAAGGAGACAGACGACAUCGCCUGCCACUACGAUCACGAGAUCCAGCACCCCGAAGCCGAAAAAAAGACCUCCGUCGCCCGCCGCCCCCAAAAGUCGCCCCUUGUCGCCCUUGGUUCAAGCAGCGGCCUCCAAGACCCCCGUGGGCAAGAAGACACCUCCUCCUGGCACCAAGACUCGACCUAAACGGGCCCAGACGCCCGCCAGGGUACAGCCCCAGACGGUCACAGCGGUCGCCGUGGAAACGGGCCACGAGCCCCAGCAGUCAGACACCCCCGAGGAGAAAAAGACCUCCACUAAUGUUCCUGCCAUCGUGGUUUCCACUGCACGGGUUCCACCUCCUUCCCCCAGCCCACCGCUUGUAUCAGAUGCUCCUCCUGCGGCGCCGGGUGUUGAGCCGAGGGCCUCGGCUGCUUCUCCUGCAGCAGCCUCCGCCAGUAAUCCUGCCCCUUCUGCUGCACCCGCUGCUGCUGUCGCUGCCACAGCCACCGCCGCUGCCUCCACCCCCGCCCCCGCCGCAGCCGCACCGGCAAACAAGCCGUCGGCAGGCACUAACAACCAGGAGGAGGCUGCUCGAGUCCUGGCAGAGAAACGCCGACAAGCCCGGGAGCAGCGGGAGAGGGAGGAGCAGGAGCGUCUGGAGCAGGAGCAAAGGAACAGGAUCCUGCGGGAGGAGGCGAUGGUCCGGGAGGCCGAGGAGCGGAAGCGCAGAGAGGAGGAGGCUCGGUUCAUGGCCGAGCAGCAGCGUCUGAGGGACGACGCCGAGCGAGCUCAAGAGGAGAAGGAGGCGCAGGAGGAGAACGAGAGGGUGCAGAGGCAGAGGGAGGAGGCAGAAGCCAAAGCCCGUGAGGAGGCAGAGCGUCAGCGUGUGGAGAGGGAGAAGCACUUCCAGAAAGAAGAGCAGGAGCGACUGGAGCGGAAGAAGCGCCUUGAGGAGAUCAUGAAGAGGACUCGGAAGAGCGAUGCAGGAGAGAAGAAGGACGUCAAAGCCUCUCCACAGGUCAACGGCAAAGACACAGAGCUCAAGAAAGCUCCCGGGAGCCAGCAAGGCGUUUCCAGCCCCGUUGGGAACGGCGUCCAGCCCGCCGCUCACCAAAACGGCGUCUCGGCCCGCGGAGAGGCGGCGGACUUCGAGGAGAUCAUCCAGCUGAACAAGAGCGGUAACGCUGGCCAACAACAGAGCGGGCUGGUCGGCGAACCGAUCCUGGCGUUCGAGGGGGCGGAGCCCUUCCUGAUGAAAACGGGCCCAAUGAAGCCUCAGCACGUCGCAGACCUCCCUCCAAAGCCACGGCAAUCCAAUCAUUUCAUCCAGGACAAAUCAAAUAAUAGGAGGUCCUGUGAGUCCCGUGAGUCCCCACAAAUCCAUGGAGGAGACGCGCGCCUUAUGUCUCUGCUUGAGCUAUGAGAUUUCAUGCCACCACACCACAGCGGCUUACAAAAAAGUAGUGUGCCAAACAAAACAACGAACUGCGCCCGAAUUCACAUCAACGGUAUCCACAGUACAGAGGACGAAGGAGGAGAUAAACUCUGCCUGGGAAAAGAAAGUACUCAACUGAAGUAUAUAGAUAAAUGUCUAUCUAUCUAUAUAUAUAUAUAUAUAUAUAUAUAAAUAAAAAGCAACAACAAGUAUUCUCUGUCUUCACCGCGUGUUAUGGUGCAGCAUUUGUCAGGUUUUAUUGAAACGUCACAUGCAGAUUUCAUGGUGCACCUUAAAGAUGACUGACUGUGCAACAAGUUUUAGAAAAUGCAGCAUAAGACCCUGGAGAUACAUACUAUUCAACAAUGGCUGUUAUAUUAUUACUGUUGUUGAUGAUAUUGUUAUUCUUAUCUUACGUUGAACAAUGUAUGUGUGUGUGUGUGCGUGUUUGUUGUUUUUUGUCAUGAAUUACUGAGUUAUUUAACAUGGGGAGCAGCGUAAGGACUGUCCACAGACAGUGUAUGUAAAUGUGUAAUGAGCCUGGCUGCCUAGGCCUCCUGUUGCAGGAGAUCUGUGAAAUAAAAGCUUUAUGAAAGGGA